UCUGCAUCUUUCAAGAUGGUGGUGGCGAACUCAGAGGGCAGCAGGCCUGCCACCGCCUACUUUUGCACAGCCAGACCCUUGCCCUCACUGGUCACAGCCCUCGUGCUGGGAUAUUUCACGUGGGUUGUCUUUUGCCCUCAGAGUAUUCCUUAUCAUAGUCUUGGUCUCCUGGGCCCCUUCACUCAGUACUUGGUGGACCAUCAUCACAUCCUUCUGAGCAAUGGGUAUUGGCUUGCCUGGCUGAUUCACGUGGGAGAGUCCUUGUAUGUCAUGGUUUUGUGCAAGUCUAAAGGCAUCAUGAAUGUUCGGGCUCAACUACUGUGGUUCUUACAGACUUUCCUCUUUGGGAUAGCCUCCCUCUCCAUCUUGGUUGCUUACAUACCAAAAUACCAAAAACAAACUUAA